AUGUCGAUAGGAUCCGCAGCAUAUGAAUUGUAUCUGACCAUUACAUGGUUUGCAUGCGCAUAUAUUUCAUGGAUAUGUGAACAUGUGCUGGGAAUCAUCAAACGACAACAUCAAAAAGAAUCCGUCAAUGUGGAAGAUGUUAUUCAAUUAAUUCUGGAACGUCCAACUGGUAGUCGAAUCCGUAUUCUACGCAAUGAACGAAAGUCACCGUCAAAUUCAAUACGUCGUCCACCGUUAUUCUCACCAAAAUCGGCCGUUACGAACAGCGAAAGUACGCAUUUUAUAAGUCUAGGACGAGCAAACAAAAUACUUGCCAUCGAUACAUCCUCUAAAACUGUUACAUGUGAACCUGGGGUUACAAUGGAAGAACUAGUCGAUGCACUACUUCCAUACAAUUUAGUACCAGUUGUUGUUCCAGAAUUUAAAGCGUUGACGGUUGGUGGUGUGCUGGCAGGAGCAGGACUUGAAAGUUCAAGUUUUCGCUACGGGCAAUUUGGCGAUUCAUUGCUCGAAGCUACUUAUAUAUUAAGUGAUGGUCAAAUCAUAACUUGUAGUCCUACCAAACAUUCUGAUCUAUUCUAUGGAGCAUUGGGCGCAUGUGGCACAUUUGCACUUAUGAUUAGUGCCACACUCAGUCUUCUAGAUGCACAAUCAGAUUGUUUCGUACAAUAACAUUGUGCUAAAAGAUUCUUCUUUGCAGAAGUCGUACACUUACUUAAAAGUUGUGAAGGCGAUGAAGUAAUUGUUACUGUGAAUAUAAUUGGUUUUGUUGACGGAGAUGAAGAAUUUAUUGAAUCAAGAUUAGCACGAAACUAG